AUGAGGAGUUCUGCUCCGAGUUAUCAAGAGAAAAUUAAGGAAAUUGGGUCUAUGAGGUUUCAGGAACUUCCAUGUGUUCAAGUGGUCCAGAAGCUUAAAAGGUUAAAAUGGACCUUUAAAGAGCUGAAUAAUGAGCAUUUUGGGGAUCUUCCUGCUCAAGUUUUGCAAGCCAUGCAUCAUAUGCAUGAGAUUCAACAUUAUCUUCAAUCAGAUCCUUUGAAUGUGGAGAAAAUUAAUGAAGAGUUUGAUGCCCGUGAUCAUUAUAGAGGAUGCCAGGAAAAUUACUUGGCUUUUUUAAAACAAAAGGCUAAGGCUAAUUGGCUUAAGGAGGGUGAUGACAAUACAAAGCUUUUUCAUCAAAGCUUGAAACAAAGAAAAUCCCACAAUACUAUUUACUCCAUUCGGGAUAUGCAUGGGAAUUGGGUGGACCCUAAGGAUGGGGUAACUGAGGCAUUUCUCUCCUUUUAUAAAGACCUCUUAGGUACCCAAAUGUGUAACAGAAAAAAGAUGCUAAGAUCUGUGAUCAACAUGGGGCCUCUAGUUUCUAAAGAGCAUCAGCAGCUGCUCCUCCAAGAUUACAUGCCAAAAGCAAUUAAGCAAGCCAUCAUUUCCAUUCCAAAUCAGAAGGCUCCGAGUCCGGAGGGUUAUGGUAGCGGCUUCUAUAAAUCUAAUUGGGUUCUUAUUGGAGCUGAAGUUAGCAAGGCUGUUUUAUCCUUUCUCGAUUCGGGGCAAUUGCUCAAAGAGGCCUAAUUGCUCAAAAUCAGGAGGGUUUCAUCCAUGGGCGUUUUAUUGCUCAUAAUGUCAUGAUUUGUCAGGAUAUAGUUCAUCGCUAUGGAAGGAA